GGGGCGGUCAUGUCUAGAGUGUUCUUGUGAUGUUUUCAGUCACAAUAAUACAGCUGUGGAUAUAUGUCAGUUGACGCACCUUUGAACACCAAGUUGCUCGGAAUGUCGAGAUAUCAUGCAGCAUUUCAAGGCUGUCAAGGGUCACUCCAUGGCCUCAUUUUUCUCGCUUGAUGGUUCACACUUGUACUGUGCCCGUUUGAUUUUCCGGACAGAUGCAGGUUUUGCUGAGCGCUGGCCCUCCAUACACCGAGCUUUGAAUCCGGUUGAAAUUUGCCAUGCACUUCAAAAGAACAACCUCGGAAUUGGAGCCUUUGCGCUGGAAGCAAGAGCACUAGCUCAGCGUAGGAGGUACGAGAAGUACUUGCAGUCCAAAUUGGCCAGUGAAUUUUGGGGUGGAGCACGGGGUCAAGGCAUGGACAGAUUGCUUCAAGCCCUUCAGAGAAUUUCCUUUUCACACAGAGGCGCAAAAUGGUCAAUUUUAGAUGUUGGCGCCGCGAAAUAUGAAGGCCCUGACCGGUGUCAUGCUGCAGACCUGGCCAUUUUGUUGGGCUGCAACACUUCGAGUAUGACCAUCCAUGCCCUUGAGCCUUUGGAGGCCCAACUGGUUCGUACUCGGCGGAUGGCGGAGCAGCAGCUGCGGCGUGAGCUCAAAUUAACCCGGAGGAAAGCUAGCCAGUGUAUUCUUUGGCACCAGAUAGCAGCCUCAAAUGUCACUGGUGUAGCUCGUAUGCGGGGACAAUCAAACCAGGCAUCGUUGUCUACAGCCAUCCCUGAGUCAACCUCGAGCCCAGAUUACCAAGAAGAUCAACGACACCAACGACAAAGCCCUCAUUUUGUGGGGACCCAACGGCUGGAUGAGUUCGUCCAUGAAACUAACUUAGGGCCAGUUUUAUUCCUCAAAAUUGACACAGAAGGUCAUGAUUUGGAAGUGCUGCAAGGGGCACGUUCACUCUUGGACAACGGACUUGUUGCAGUUAUUGUUUUUGAGGUUGCAGGGCAAAUGAAUCAAGACUUCUUUCAAAUCCAUAAGGAAGAUGGUUUUCCUCGCCCUGAUGUUGCUGCAAGAUUGAAAGGGCAAUUGGCAGAGCCAAACCUCAGAAGCAUAGUCAAGUGGCUGCAACCAUUGGGCUACGAGAGUUUCUUGCUGGGAAGUCGUUCUCUCAUCCCUUUGUCAUUCUCCUGGUGGGAUAGCAGCUACGAAGUAUGUAUUUCUCGUGCGGAGAUUCCCUGCUGGUACGAUGUGCUGGCAAUACUUAUGGACAAUGGCGCUGGAUUUGGGACCUCUUUGCCACAAAUAAGACAGCCUAUUUUUGAAGCCUUUGAGCCAGUCCUUUGAUUGUGCCCACAAGUUUGUAGAGUGAUUCUUGCAGAGCCACAACAGGAUCAUGCUGGAUGACAUUGCAUCGUUUUGCCCACAGGCGACUUCUCAAGUGAUUUUCUUGCAGCCACUGGCACCCACUUCGUUGCUCUUGUCGUGUGGUGUUUCUUCUCUACAAGAUCUAUAAGUUUAUAAGGCUGUUCGACACUGGAUUACUGUGCCUUUGUUUCAGAUUUUGGUUAGCAUCGAGGCAUCGAGCGCAAUGAUUGGUAUACAAUUAUUAGUAUCAACUGGUAUCAAUGCAAGCGUCCAACCCGAUUUGUCAAGUCAGGCUCCACUCCCAGCUUUCGACUUCAACCUGACAUACUGACAUACGUUCAAAUGUCUGGAAUUUUGCACGACCGUGCCUUACCCCUUGACUCAAGGAUGGAUUCCUGGAAGACGUGUGCUGCUUCCUGUGCAGCACACGUGGUUACAUACCAGAGAUUUUGGAUUUUGUCAAAGGUUUGAGCUCAAGCGUACAUGUGUACUGGAAGUAUGUGACAGUGCUUCACUUGUAGUGUUCUCUUUUUCUGCUUUGCGCCAACAUUUGUCUUUGCCAGAGCAACUUAUAAUUUAACAGACUGGCUGUGACUGGCUGACUCUUUCUCAUCUAAAGAGAUUGGUUGUUGCCAAGCAAUGACAAGGACGGCAAGAAAGGAACCUGACAUCAAUACAAAAGACUCACGCGUUUUCCUUCCGCAACAUGUUCGAUGUACACAUUGGCCUCGUUGGAUGUUGUUGGUCUUACAUUCCCCAUCCCGUAGACCUGGAAGUCAGGCAGACAGGAGCUGAUUGUGAAUUUACAGAAUAUUCAUUCUGCAGUGGACAAAUGGCAGACACUCCAGUUGUCUUACUGUUGGCAAACAUGAAGAACUCGGCAUUACAUCCAGUGGCCCUAGCAAUCUGCAGUGGACAAAAGUUGCGAAUCAAAGUUGGUACCGACUGUGUGGCCUGCCCAAGUUCUUCCGCUAGGUUCAAAGGGUUGUUCAAAGCUCACAUUGAAAUCAAC